UUUUUAUUUUUUAUCGUGUUAUCAUAUGACCGCAGACCGACUGAUAAUGAAUUUGAGGAACUUGGAUGAAAUUUGGAUCUAUAAAUUUACUCGUUAAAUGUUCGCUGCAAAAAACUUUCACUAUAAAAAUCGUCGUGAAAUUCCAUACUAAAACAAGGAUACGAUGAAAAAGUAAUAUAAAGCAUCGCCCACGACCGAAUCCUGUGUUAGAGGUGUUGGAACAUUUUCUCAACGAUGUCUCUAAGAUCUGAAGUGUUGAAAGUAUUCAAAACUCUGCACAAAACGAAGAAUAGAGUGUUUCAAGGCGAUACUGAAAUACUUGGUGUCCUUCGUCAAGAGAUUAACGAACAGUUUCAGAAUAAUAAAGCUAUAACAGAUCCCGAAGUAAUCAAAGAGUUGAUUAAAGACGCUCAAUUUGCUGAACAAGAUUUAAAGAAAGUAAUCCAGUUUCAAGAGACAGCUCCUGGACGUUACAAAGCAGAAAUAACCGAGGAUCAUUGUGCAUCAGAUGAAGAUAUGGUGGCUAUUAGAAAAAAAUGGAAAGAAAUUGAAAAAUGAUUUCAUCGUCAAUGUUUCGAAACUAAAAUGUUUUGUAAAUAGAUAGAUAGUUGGGGGGAAAAUGUAAAUAGAUUUGAUUUUAAUUGUUGUAUGAAAUUGAAUCUGUGCUUGUAACCAUUAGCGUAGAUUUCACGUUACCUGUUACUAGAUUGCAUCUCAAAUAUCAUCUGUUAAAUGUUUGAAUAUACGAAUUUUAUGUCUCUAGAAA